CCCCUCCUCCCAGAAAGGUCUAGGGGGAGCCCCUGAGGAAAGGAGGUUGCCUAGCAACGGGGCGGUGGCCCGGCGGGUACCCGGCCUAGCGUGUAGGAAAAGCCGCGGGGCCGCAGCCCACCCACUCCGGGCUUCGGAGGUGUAGCCCCCGGCCCCUGAGCCCUCCAGGGGGCGGCAGGAAGCCGCCUUGGGCCUGUCCCCAGGAAAACGUGGUCUCGGCUGUGGGGGGCCUCGAACGUCCCUCGACCCCACUUCCUGACGCGAGAAGAGGCCGGACGCCUCACCCUCACCCCGUCUUUGUGCAGGGCGCCGGCGGCCAUUGUGUCCGGGCGGGGAAUGGAGGACCGGGCAAUCCCCCACUGCCACCGCCACGUCCUGGGCCAUUGGGGAAUUCAAAGAAAACCAGCGGCGUUUGUGGGGGGUCCCCCGCCUUCAGCCUCCCGGAAGGAGCUGGGGAUGGCCUUUCCGAAGCCAGAUCGCAGAUCCGAGGCAGUUUCCUCCUCCUUCCUCCCUUCAUCGAAACCUUGAGCCCCAUUGAGAAGUCCCUUCAAGGUUUCAGAAGCCUCACCCUCAUCUGGUCCUUAAAAAAAUAAAUAAAUAAACCGCACGACAACCACCUCCGGGAGAGUUCUGGCUCCCAGUAGGAGGCGGAGAGCCAAGGGGCGUGCAAGAGCGAGGGGGCUGGGCUCCCGGGUGGAAGGAGGCCGAGGCUGCGGAGCGGCCGCCCUCGAUCCGGGCGAUGGAGGAGGAAGCAAGCCAGGGAGCCGGUUCCUGAGCGUCGCGGUUCCAGUGUCGCCUUCAGGGCUCCCAGCCUGCUGGGUCGCAUGAUACCUCCAGCCGGAGCUGUUUUGUUGUUUUUUGCCAGCCGCCGCGAGGCCGGCUGAGUUACCGGCGUCCUGGCCGCCCCCUCCUCUCGCGACCUGUGAUACAAAAGAUCUUCCGGGGGCUGCACCUGCCUGCCGCCGUCUGAGACAGAUUUGAAUGUAGGUGGUGUGGGGGACUGCCCGUGAGGGUGACUUUCCGAGGAAGGCUUUUCAGAGAAACGGGGGUGGUUGGAGUAAAAGAGGUUGGUGGAUGAUUCAGAGCCCACUGGGGUUUUCAAUUUGACUUUGUCGAAAUUUCUUGGAAGACCUUCAUAAGAGCCACACCAUCAGCUCUGGUACUUGGAGGGGGACUGUGAUGUAAGGAGAUGGUAUACGUAUUAAUUUUUUUUUUUCUCUGAAGCUCUUUCUUUCCUUUCAGAACCUUAUCUUGGUUUUGGAUCUCAGAAGAGAACCACUAACAGAGACCAGACUCAGUGACUGAGCAGGUGUUUUGGACAAUGGACUGGUGGAGCCCAUCCCUAUUAUAAAAAUGUCUCAGAGCAACCGGGAGCUGGUGGUUGACUUUCUCUCCUACAAGCUUUCCCAGAAAGGAUACAGUUGGAGUCAGUUUAGUGAUGUGGAGGAGAAUAGGACUGGGGCCUCAGAAGGGACUGAAUCGGAGAUGGAGAUCCCCAGUGCCGUCAAUGGCAACCCAUCCUGGCACCUGGCAGACAGCCCUGCGGUGAAUGGAGCUACUGGCCACAGCAGCAGCUUGGAUGCCCGGGAGGUGAUCCCCAUGGCAGCAGUGAAGCAAGCUCUGAGGGAGGCGGGUGAUGAGUUUGAACUGCGGUACCGGCGGGCAUUCAGUGACCUGACAUCCCAGCUCCAUAUCACCCCAGGGACAGCAUAUCAGAGCUUUGAGCAGGUAGUGAAUGAACUCUUCCGGGAUGGGGUGAACUGGGGUCGCAUUGUGGCCUUUUUCUCCUUCGGUGGGGCACUGUGCGUGGAAAGCGUAGACAAGGAGAUGCAGGUAUUGGUGAGUCGGAUCGCAGCUUGGAUGGCUACUUACCUGAAUGACCACCUAGAACCUUGGAUCCAGGAGAACGGCGGCUGGGUGAUCAAGUUACAGUGGUCUCCAUGGGACCUGCUCUCCAAGAGCAAGCUUUUAGGCUGACAGACUUUGUGGAUGUCCUUUGGACCAAGGGCUUGGAGAUUUUGAGAUUUCUGAAGAUGGGAACCUUGGCUCACAACCUGUCCCCCGCUUCCUCUACAAGAGCCCCAAAUCAUACCUUGCACAAGUUGGAGUUUGGCCAGUGUUACUCACUAGGUAUUGGGCAAUGAACAGAUUUUCUUCAGUCUUUUCCAAGUGCCUUCAAGAAGCCAGGUACCUCCUUGUCUGCCUUAUUCAUCGCUGUAUCCCUAGAUCCUGCCACAGAACUUGGCACAUAGAAGAUACUCAAUAAUUAUUUGUUGACUUAAUGGAAAACUUAAUGAGUCGAAUACUUCAAGUGCUUAGGAGCAUGCCUAGCACAUAGUAGGUACUUGAUACAUGUUUGAACUAUCAAAUGAGGUGUUGUGGGAGCUUUGCAGUUUUUCCAGGAUGACCCCACUCCUUGUUUGGUGUGUGGCCAUAAGCCUCUCUUCCAAGCUCUGCCUGUUGCCUCAUCUGUUGAAGAGAGAUAACACAUGCCUUGCCUCUCUCAUGGGCUUGCAGGGAAGCCCAAGGAGAUGAUAGAUGAAAAAGCACUUUGAGGACUAUAAAUGCUUGUUCUUGUUGCUGUUUCUUGACUGAGGUCACAGUCAUAGCUGUGCCAUUCAUUUGUUCAUGCAUUCAUUCAUUCAACCAACAAGCAUUUUUUGAGUGGAAACAGUAUUCUAGCUCUAUUGCUCAUCUAGCUUCAUUGAACAAGUUACUUUACUUCUCUGAGCCUGUAUAUCUAUAAAAUGGAAAUAAUACUCAUUUCACAAGGUUGUUAGGAGAAAGACUAAGCAAGGUGCUCUGAGCUGAUUGAGGCUAGAAGCUGUGUAUUAUUCACUAUUAUCAAUUACCAGUGGACCUGGUACUUGGUGGCAGAGUCUUUAGGGACCGAGUUAUCGAAUGGAUAAAUGGUGUAUGGAAAGUGCCUGUGCAUAGUGCCUAGUGCAGAGUAAGAGCUCACCAAAUGGUGGAUCUUUGCCUUUCCUCUCAUCGUGAGGUUAGGUCGUUCAUUGAUUCAGUCAUUGGGUGCCAUCUGUAGUCAAAUUACUAGGUAAGGGCAGACCUCUGAAUAUGACUCAGAUGGGAAGUAGAAAUGAGUAUUAACUCCUACCCUAGGAUAUCUGCUCCUGCCUUGUUGGGCUGCUGAGUGGGAGCUCGGAUCCAGCCAGAUCAGUGCUGCUUAAACAUAAAGCCUAGUGUAUAGCAGACCUCACCCCAUGCUCACCUCUGAUUCAGAACAAGAAACCGGCCCCUUGUUCUACUCUCUGUCUGCUACCUAGUGAGAAGAAUUUCCCUUUGCUCACAGCACCCACAUUCAGAUGGAACCCUAGGGGUUACCAAGUCAGAAAAGUCCCCAGACACUCACUCAGAAAUGGGCCUUUGGGGCAGGGUCCAGGGAGGGGGCUCAAGUUUGAGGCUGAGGUCUCUUGGGACCAGUGCAAGCCGCAGGUGCAGGCAUGAGGCCCUGGUCUGGUGGCUGAGUGCUGAAACUGAGAGAUGUGUGGGGCCAGACAAAGAGUCAACCCAGAGGACACUGCCUGCCUGCCCAUGCAGGUGUCUGGGCACCUGGGGGGAAUUUCUGGGUCUGAUUUAGUGGUGGAAGUUGAGGUUCCAAAUUAGUACCCCAAGCCACAAUGAGGGCAAUUCAUGGAACUCCAGAGCAAAGCAUGCAGUUGGCACCCAGGCCCCAAACCGAGGCCAGCACCUUUGAACCCUCCUCAUAUUCCUUCAGGGUAAAAGAGGGGCCCCUCUUCUGGCCUCCCCAGCACCUUUAUGGGGCCCCUGCUAUGUACUGGGAGCGCUUUACCAAAAUUGGAUCAUUUUGCUCUCAGAAGUGUAAGCUCUGGAGUUGGACAGAGCUGAGUUUGAAUCCGGGCUCCAUCACAUACCACCUGUUUGAUCUUUUUCACAUAAUUCCUCCUUUCUGAGCCUCAGUUCCCUGACUGAAAAAUGGGGGUAACACCCACCUCAUAGGGUUUUUGUAAGGAUUAAAUGUGGUCAUACAUGUGAAGCUUGGCACAGAUGUCAUAGUAAUGUUAGUUAAUAACAGCUAACAUUUAUUGAGCAUUUACGUUUAAGUGUUACAGAGGAGAAAAACAGAUAAGUUAAGAACAUUGUCCAGAAGUUCACAGCAAGUAAGUAGUGAAGCCUCAAUUUGAACCCAGGCAUUGUGGCUCCACAGCCCACACGUCCUACCUCUUAUAAGGAUAAGGCAAGUUAAUGUUGUUGCUGUUAGUAUUGAAUCCAGCAUUAUAGCUGCCUGUGGUUUUUGGUGUAUCUUCUGAAUUCUGAGCACAGUGAAGGCCAGAAACCCAUCUUAAUCACCUUGCAUCCCCAAAGACCAACAUAGUACUCAUAGUACUCAUUAAUAUUUGCUUAAUGGCUGAGAAUAUUCCCUCUCUUCAUUAAUCAAACAGUAGCUCUUUAUCGACCAUUUCCUGUAGGCUAGGCUUGAGUUAAAUCCUGAGAGUAAUGCAAAGUACAGCUAUGCUUCUGUAAAGGGAAGAUUGGGUGUGUGUGUAUGUGAGGGGUUGCAUUCCAGAGCAUUGUAUCAUUGGCAGAAACUUCCACAGAGGAGGCAGAAACAAUACAGGUGGCCUGGGGAUGCUUUCCAAGCCAGGAUUCCCACCCCUCCCCAAAUGGGCCACUCCCUCUAUCUCCUGAAGAACAAGGUGACACAGAUUUCCUGUUCCUGCCUGGGGCAUGAACCACUCCCAUCGGUUCCUCUCUAGGGAGGAGGGUGCAUCUUUCUUGCACAGGUAACCAGUUUAUGGGUGCCUAGAAUGAUAGAAAAAACUCAGAAAUUUAGAGCUGGGAGGGGACCAUAGAAAAUCACUCCUACCAGAGUGGUCCUUUAAAACCGAGUUCUGAUCUUAACCGUGUUCUUGCUUACAACCCUCCAGUGGACCUCCACUGCACUUGGAAUAAAACCCAGAGUCCUCACCGAGGCCUCUGAGGCCUGCGUGAUCUGGUCACUGGCUGCCUGUCCACCCCUCAUCACUGCACUCAAGCCACACAGGAUCCUUGCUGUUCCUGUAUCAUGGCACAUUUGUCCCUGAUGUUUGCCUUGCUGGCUCUCCUUCAGUGGCUCCAUUCGAAUGCUACCACCUCUGAGACAUUUUCCUUCACCUUCGGUCUAAAGUAGCCUUCUCCCCAGCCACUCUCUAGUCUUUUGCCUUCGUGUGUUUCCUUCUGACCUCUCACUGACCUCUAGCUGAAAUUUUCUUUUUGUCUGCUUACUCUUUUUUUUUUUUUCCCCAUCUCUUCUACUAGAAUUUAAGUCCCGUGAGUAUAGAAAUUAAGCCCCAUGGUUUAUUCCCUCAUUGUAGUUCCAGUAGUAAACAUUCAGUGAGUAAUUUUGGAAUGAAUGAUUCCACAAAUGAACAAGCCUAAAACAGUCUUUUCAUUUUAUGCGUGAGAAGACUGAGGCCCAGAGAAGAGAAGCUAAUGAGGAUUGAGAGUUUUCUUUCAACCUACCUUUUGAGUACUUGCUAAGUGCCAGGCACUAUACUCAGUGAUUUACAUGCAUUAUUUUUGCCAUUUGCCCUUAUUUACCCUAAUUGUUAUAAUGAGUUGUUUGAAACAUCAUUUUUCAUACACCAGUGUAGUAUUUAAAAGAAAAUUGGACUAUUAUUUUUUAUUGGAGCCUUGCUCUACUUUACAAAGAGUUGGAGGCAACUUAGGAAAAGUCAUACAACCUAAAGGAUAAAGGAGGGUACCAAGUGAAAGGAAACUAUGGGUAAGAAAACAAGAGCCAGGACUAAAAUUAGUUUACACAAUCGUAUGCCACAGAGCAGUUUUCCUACCAUCUUUAGGAUUGGUAACUAAAAUUAUGCCCAGAUUCUUGAAAAUAAUUUUUUUUUAAUAUCUAAUCACACACACAUACACAUAACCUUGGGAUUGCCCCAGACUGCAUGUGGAAGUCAAGGAUUUGCUAGCUCCCUCCUUGCCUCAUCAGCCGGGCUCCUGGAUUAAGGCAGCAUGAUGUCCUCUUCUUCCCCACUCACCAGAGGGGCCAGUCCAGCAGGAGGAUCCUGGAUGUCUCCACAGCCUUCUCUGGACCCAGCUAACUUUGUUUCAAGAAAUCUUGUUCCAGAAGGUUUAUUAAUUGAAAUACCACCACUGAAGACCCAGUUCUGCUCUCAAGGCACUUCCAUUUGAUUUAGAGAGAGAACACAUAACGCAUGUGAAAAGAGGUCUUGUGAAAACCAACAAUAAAUGCUAAAUGCCAAGUAAGUGAGGGACUUUGCAGAAGGGGUGAGAUUUGAGCUGGGACUUAACACAGAGCAGAGAAAAAAGGGGCUGGUGCUCCCAGCAGGGCGGUCCAUGUGAGUUAAGAUGUAUGUGCAGGCUGGGAAGGGCUCUCAAGAAGAGACCCAUGAGCAGUGGGCAGUCCAGUUUGAGGUGUGUGUGGAGGGGUCUCUAUUAUUAGGUGAUGAAGCCGGGAAGGUCAGCUGGAGCCAUGUUUACGGGAGCCUUGAGUGCCAGGAAAGGAUUCCAAGGCCCUCCUCAGCGGCGCUGGUAUCCUAACAGAUGACGUUGCCAGGCAUGGAUGCCCAUCCUGGCUGCCUACCGGUCCACUGAUUCCUGGGUGACAGUGCUAACAUCCAAAAUGGGAUCGAGUGCCUUGAACCAACAGUAGGCACAGGGGUAAGUGUGGGGCCUUUGCUAGUUUAGCCUUUGACCAUCCCAGGUACAUUCAUUCAUUUGGUGAUUUAACAGAUGUAUACUGAGCAAGCACCAACUACAUGCCAGGCCCUGUGCUAAGUGCUGGGGGUGCUGUGGUGAACAAGAUAGUCAAAGACCCCACUCUCACAGAGAUCUAUUUUAUUAGGGGAGACAGCCUGAGAAACAAAUAAGAUGAUUUCAAAUAGAAGGUUAAAUGCUGUAAAGAAAAUAAAACUGAGUUAUGGAGUUAUCUAGGAAGAAACUUUAUACAGGGUGGUCAGGGAAGCCCUCUCUGAAGAGGUGACAUUUGAGCUGAGAGUAGAUUGAGGAGAAAGAGCCAGCCUGGGAAGAUGUGAAGCAAAGAUUUUGCAGGUAGAGAACAAGGCAGGAUUGAACUUGGCUCAUCCAAGCCUUAGGCUCAUUCGGGUGCUCAGCUUUGACACUAAUGGGCCCCAUCUGUGCCUUUGUUUCCCUUUGUGUUGUGGAUGAAGGUGAUCUUUCCCAUCUCUUCCACAGAGACCCAAAGGGAAUAAUGUCGACUUCGAUUUAGUAAGCACCUACCUCAUGCGAGGCACUCUACAAGCAUUUUCUAAUUUAAGUCUCCCACCCAGCCAGUGCAGUAAGUGGUCUGUUGGCCCCACUUUCUAUUCUAGUGAGGAAACUGAGAUGAAGUUGCAUGCCUGGGUCCUGUAGCUUGUACACCGUGGAACCUAGAUUCAGACCCAAAUCAGUCUAGCUCCAAAGCCAGAACUCUUUCCACUGCUCCACUCUCGAAAUAAAUGAAGCAUUGUUGAUUCAGGACAUGGAGAAAGCUGUUUAGCAAAAGGAGAGUUGGGGAAAGCAUCGUGGAAUGAGGAUCUUGAAGGACACUUACUGUCCUCCCAAUUGAGAGGUCCCUUCUGUUCAUCUGCAGGAGGAUGCCCCCAGAGCCUGGGGUUACUGUAGGCCUUUGCCAGAGGCAUGUUCAGACUUAGCCAGCUGAGUAUCUCCCCGUUUCCUGCUUUUGCCAUCUCAGCUGCUGGUCAGGAGGUUUGGGAAGGUGACAUCAUCUAGCUGAAUCAGCUGCUGCUUCUAGACACAUUAACGGGAACUGAAAGUCAUUGCCCCUUCCUUCCCACUCUGCAGAUCUCUUCAGACCGAGGCUUGGGUACAGUGUUCCACCUGUCUGCGAUGGUCAUGUCUGGAAUAGUGCCCCUGCUUUUAAAGAACUAUAAGGUACAUAUUCUUGGAGAAAGCUGUCCUCAAGGCUUCUCAAGCUAAGAGAACAGAGUGCCCUUGAGGGAUAGGAGGAUUCACAGAAGGGUCCCCAUCCCUCUCCUCUACCUUCAUUUAGCAGGAACUCCUGACCCUUCUGAUCUCCUUUGCCUAAGUCCAAGGCGCAGGCCCAGCACUCUAUGACAGGCAAACAAAAUGCUGUUUGUGGACUUUAAACUUAAGGCAUUUAGAGUCUGGUCAAGGGGACAAAAAGCUUACAUUUCAGAACAGAGUAGCCACGGCACCCUGAUCUUUUGGAGAUCUGGCCUUGACCCACUGGCCAAAAAGGAAAAAAAUAAGUGAGAUGCAUAUAAAGAGAAACUAAUAAAAAGACGGGUCAGUGCCAAGCAAAUACAACAGCAGACAACUUAUUUGCUCUAUGACUUUGCCUGUCUCAGCUUCACUAUCUAAUGGGUGUGUAAAAAUUCACUGUGUAAAAUGGGUGUCAAAGGGCGUGUGGCUCUUUGAGUCAUUGAAGUAUUACAUGACAUAACAUAUGUAAAGCACUCAGCAGUGCACCCGGUGAGUGCUCAAUAGAUGGUAGCUAUGUACAUAGAUUCUCCAAAGGGAGGCAGGCCACUGGGCAAGGGUGGUUGAGGAAGGCUUCCUGGAAAAAGCAGGCUUGGAACUGGACCUUGGAGCCUGGAUAAGCUGUGGAUGAAUGCAGGCUGGAAAUAGCCUACUCGAGUGGCAAGAAGACAGCCUUUGGAUGCUGUGUUAUCUUUGACAGGUGACUUUACUCGCAGAGCCUCAGUUUCCUUACCUAUAAAAUGGGAAUACUGCUAGAACCUACCUUACAGGAAUGUUGGGAGGAUGAAUAAGGUACCAUUUUGAUAAAUGGAAUCCACUGAGUAGCGUGCUCAGUGUGUACUAUUGCUGUUUCUUACAUUGGUAGGGGAACUAACCUGGGCAAAGGCUGGAAAGCCAUCGCUCAUUCCAUCUCUCUCAUGUGCCAUCAUCUCUCACCUGAACAACUAUGCCAGCCGCCUCCCUGGUCUCCCUGCUUCUGCCCUUGCCCCCCUCUAAUCUAUUACCACAUAACAACCAGUGGUCCUCCUAAAAUGUAGGUCAGAUCCUGUCAUUCCUCUGUUCAAAACCCUCCAAUAACUUGUCAUUCACGAGAAUAAAAGCCAGAGUGUACACAGUGCGGGAACAGAUGACUGGGAGACCUUGUUGGGGCAGCAGUGGGAAGGGCAGUCAACCUAGAAGUAAGUUCCCUGAAGUCCACUGGACCUGGCCUCCAACUGCCCAGGCUCAUUCGUCUCAGAAGCAGCCCUGCUCCAGCUCCUGUGUCUCUGUGUGUGUGCAUUUGUGCACGUGCAGGUGGAUGACACAGUGGUGAUGCUGUGAGCCUAGAACAUUUCAUAAUAGGGAAGGACAUUGACCACUGCCUUGGGGCUACCAAAGGUCAUUAGGGCUGAGAAAGCCCAGGGCACUCAGGGAGGCCUUUGUCCUCUCUGAAUCUGAAUCAUUUCCUGAGGGGAGGUGUUCAUUCAUUCAUUUAUUCAUUAACAAAUAUUAUUGAGUGCCUGCCAUAUGCAAGGCAGUGAGCUAGAGGUUGGGCAUAUACUGUGAGCAAAGAAAAGUCAUAGUUCUCAUUAAGUGGACAUUGCAGUGGGGGAGACAGAUCCUAAAUAAAUUUGCAUGUCAGGUGGUCUUUAGUAAACCCAGAAAAACUCACUGCCAUCGAGUCGAUUCCAACCCGUAGCAACCCUGUAAGGACAGAGUAGAACUGCCCAUAGGGUUUCCAUGGCUCUAAAUCUUUACAGAAGCAGACUGCCACAUCUUUGUCCUGCAGAGUAGCUGGUGCGUUUGAACCACCGAUCUUUCAGUUGGCAGCUAAGCGCUUUAACUACUGCUUUAACCAGUGUGGAGCGAUCUUCAGUACUACAGGAAAAAUAAAGUAGGAUAAGGAGAAUAGGGAUGGGAAAAGGUUGCUCUUUUAGCUGGGGUAGUCAGGAAGCCUCUCUGAUAAGGUGACAUUGGAUCUGAUUGGAGUGAGUACAUGAUCCAUUCAGAUAUUUGGAGGAAGAGUGUUGCAGACAGAGGAAACAGCAAGUACAAAAGCAAGUGCAGAAAGAGUCCCUGGCAUGUUUAAAGUACAGCAAGGAGUCCAGUGUGGCUGGAGUUAGGUCAGACAGGUAGCCAGGAGCCAGGUCAUGUGGGUGUACAGGCCAUUGCAAAGGACCUGGCUUUUACUCUGAGGGUAGUGGAAAAGCAUUGGAGGAACCAAGAAGUGGUAGGAUCCAACUUAGACUCUGGAUCUAAGAGAGAUCUCUGUGAUCACUGUGUGGAGGAUAAACUGUAGGGGCAAGGGUAGGACCUAGAGACCAGUGAGAAGGCUUGGCAGGUGAUGAUUUUGGUUUAUAUGAGGGUGAAGAUGAGGCAGAUGUGGUGAGCAGUGGUCAGAACUUCAAUAUAAUUUGAAGGGUGUGCCAACUAGAUUUGCUGAUGAUUGGAUAAGGGGUGAGAUAGAGAGGGAGUAGUGCAGGCUUUUGGCCUGAGUGACUGGAAGGACUUUGCUGCCAUUUAAUGAGAAGGGAAGACUGCCAUGACCAGAAGUGGUUUCCUGAGGGCUGUGGAGUCAGGCUGUCUGUGUUCGAGUCCCAGGUUGCUUGCUGUUUGACUUUGGGUACAUAUUUAACUUUACCAAGUCUCAGUUUCCUCAAAUGUAAGCGUUGCCUAGGCCCUAGGCAGUUGGGUGUUGUGAAAACUACAUGGGGUAAUUUGCGUCAAGAGCACAGGACAGUGCUUGGCACAUAGUAAGCCCUCAGUGUUUGCGCUGAUCAUCACCAUUGUUGUUGUCAUUGGAAAGCAGGGAAUCCGUGGCCUCCAGAAAGCAAGCAGCAGAUCCUACCCCACUUCCACCACCCCUCAAGGAGCCCACCCUCCAAGAGGCAGCUCAGACACCAUCUGUC